UGCCCCGGGCGAUGACGUCACUACUAGGCGCCCAGCGUCACGUUGGCCAGGCCUUGGGCUGGCUUUAGGGGGACAAAAAUGGCUAUGGCCAGCGAUUUCUACUUGCGCUACUACGUAGGGCACAAGGGCAAGUUUGGACACGAGUUUCUGGAGUUCGAGUUUCGGCCAGACGGAAAGCUUAGAUAUGCCAACAACAGCAAUUACAAAAAUGAUGUUAUGAUCAGAAAGGAGGCUUAUGUGCACAAGAGUGUAAUGGAGGAACUGAAGAGGAUUAUUGACGACAGUGAGAUUACAAAAGAAGAUGAUGCAUUGUGGCCUCCCCCUGACAGAGUUGGCCGACAGGAGCUUGAAAUUGUAAUUGGAGAUGAACACAUUUCUUUUACCACAUCAAAAAUAGGUUCUCUUAUUGAUGUAAAUCAGUCAAAGGAUCCUGAAGGCCUUCGAGUAUUUUACUAUUUGGUACAGGACCUGAAAUGUUUAGUUUUUAGUCUUAUUGGAUUACAUUUCAAGAUUAAACCAAUCUAAAUUGUAUGUUUUUGAAGCUGUUAUUUAUAUUUAAUAAGGGAUGGGUUUGUCAUUUACAGUAUUGGGAUUUUUAUAAAUGUGAAGUUUUUUUUUGUAUGCCAACUAAAAAUAACAAAAUACAUAAACAGGCUUAAUGGUUAUUACUUGGGUCCAAGGGGUCUGGACAGUCCUCACACAUGAAAUUCUGUAAAUAAAAGCAACCUUUUGUUGAGAGUUUGUUCUAAUAAAACAUAUCAAAGCCUG